AAUUGGUAUCUACUGCCAUCAUAUGUUCCGCGGAACUAUGUUACCUCGAGCGUAACUGUCCACAUAUCAUAGAAAAGAAACUAUCGCGUUCGUGAUUUGUGAACAACAAAUGGCUAACGCAUUAGACGUUGUCGAUUGGGAAGAUCUUAGAAGGCAGGCAAGACACUUGGAAAAUGAGAUUGAUGCAAAACUAGUAGCAUUCAGCAAGCUUGGUGUCAAUAGCGGAUCCAAGCUUGUCAAUACAGAUGAAGUACCUCUUUUGGAUGAAGAACACGUGUUUGAGAACAUGGCCUCUGAAAUAGAAGCACUAUUGUCCAAAUUAUUUUCUAUAAAUGAGAGAAUGAGCAAAUUGCAACCAAAUGGCGCUGCAAUGUUACACACGAUGCAACGCCAUAAAGACAUAUUGAAAGAUUACAAACUGGAGUUCAACAAAAUUAGAAAUAAUUUUGCUGCAAGGAGAGACAGAGAAGAUCUGCUAGGGAAUGUCCGUAAAGAGAUCGAUAAUUACAAAAGUGUGAGCGGGCUGAACCGACGGGAAAUGUAUAUGAAAGAGAAUCAACAUGUUCAUAAUUCGGAUCGGUUGUUGAAUGAUCAAAUAAGUAUAGCAAUGGAGACACGAGAUCAUUUGAUGACCCAGAGGCAAACAUUCAAACGUAUACAGACCAGACUGAACGACAUUUCAAACCGGUUUCCAGCAGUAAAUAGUCUAGUGCAAAGGAUAAAUCUGCGUAAAAGACGAGAUUCGCUUAUACUCGGCCUUAUUAUCGGAUUUUGCACGUUUCUCAUGCUGCUCUAUGCUUUUCACUAAAUAACACUCUAUACCAAAGUACUUCCACUCGUUAGUGAUUCAUCGAUGGGAAUGCAUACAUGUAGACGAAGUAUUUGGUGAUAUAUGUAUUUACGAUAUAUAAACGGAUAGGAAAUUGAAGUUGAAAAACGAGCGACUGUGUGCGACUUGUGCGUAAAUGAAUUCCGAAAGGCCGAAUGAAUGUUUUCUCGUUCUUACAACUUAAGAAGGGUAAAA